UCGACUGAGGGUGCAUUCCACUAACGUUUGGACUGCCGCGAGCAUCAUUUCAUCCUUGUUUAAUAUUUGAAAACGAUAAGUAUGAAAUGAUGCUCGCGAGCGUUACGAACGUUAAGUGAAACGCGCCCUGAUUAUCCGCCGAGACAUGUUUCAAUUCAGAUUCUACGCGUCGAUACAUCGCGUACGAUACGUGUCAGAGCCAAUCUUACAAAAAUCUUCAUUUCGGAGUUCAACGCGUUCUAGAACGGUUCGCAAAUUUAAAUCCGCGCUCCAAUCUCGCGGGCGAGAGGCAAAUCGAUAGCCACCGCAUCAGCUGUUUAGUUCCCUCCUUUCCCCCCUGCUUCCCUCACCCACGAUUCUCCCUUAAGGUCGCCACUUGUGUCAUCACGGCCAUAUUAGGCACGAGAGGAGGAAUGAGGACGGAUGAGGACGUUUCGCGAUAAAUGAGGCUGCCCUGAAACUUUCAAGAAGGCUUUCUCGGCUGCGUUACGAGGCUCUUCCCGGUGGAUUUCAAGGGACAGCCUGCGAAGCAUGGCAUGGCACUGCAAUGGCACUACGAACCAAGAGAUGGUGACGAAGCUGAAAGGGACAGAUUAUUCGCAGAUGCUGGUAUACUGGCAACGGACAGAGCAGAAGCCGCUAUGCUCGCUGUUGACAGAGCCAAAUACUGCCACGAACCGGAUCCUUAUCUUGACCGUCCCAGAAGAAUUGGUUACAACGUGACCAUCAGUGCACCACAUAUGCAUGCGUACGCAUUGUCUACCCUCUCUGAUCAACUCUUCGACGGCGCCAAGGCACUUGACGUCGGCUCAGGCUCGGGCUAUCUAUCUGCCUGCAUGGCGUUCAUGGUAGGCUCAGGCGGACGUGUAAUAGGCAUCGAGCAUAUUCCCGAGCUCAUAGAGAUCUCCACUAGGAACGUUCGCGAGGAUAAUCCGCACUUCCUCAAGGAGGACCGCAUCAAAUUUGUGGUGGGAGACGGCAGAUUGGGACAACCUGCUGACGGCCCUUACAACGCUAUACACGUUGGAGCAGCGGCCGAAACUUUACCGGAGACGCUGAUUGACCAACUGGCUCCUGGAGGUCGACUGAUCUGCCCAGUCGUGGCCAUAAAAGGUUUCCAAAGGUUACAAGACCUGCUGCAGGUGGACAAGAGCACAGACGGCGCGAUCACAAAGAAGAAGCUGAUGCAAGUCUCUUAUGUUCCUCUCACGGAUCCCACCACUCAAUUACGUAAUUAGAGUUACUAAGGUGAGGUGCUACGGCGGAAAUAAACGCAAAAUUUCCGGGCAGAUAAUUAAACGAUCGCGUAUAUACAAACCCAGAUUAGCAAUAAUCAAAAUUUUUGUAUCCACAAAUUUUUU